AUGGCAGCCUCUUACCAUGCUCGAUCAAACAGCUUACCCUCAAGGCAACACCCCAUCGUUUCACAAAUCGACGAGAACUUGAACCGAUUGAGGGCAUCUCAAUCAGCCUCUACAUCAUCAUCCAUAGGCCCCAAUCUAAGUGGUCUUCAGGAUUUGCAUGAAUGUGUUGAUGUAUUGCUUCAAUUUCCCCUCACCCAACAAGCUCUCGCCCAAGAUGAGCAAAGGGAAAUGGUUGAAGAGAUUUUGGAUGGAUCUCUCCUGCUCUUGGAUGUAUGUACCACUGCUAAGGAUGCCUUGUUGCAGACAAAGGAAUGCACACAAGAGCUUCAAUCAAUUUUACGCAGAAGACGUGGAGCUGAAGGGCUUGCUAAUGAGUUUAGGAAAUACUUGACAUCUAGGAAAGCCAUGAAAAAGGCAAUCUGCAAGGCCUUAAAGAACUUGAAGCAUAUACAGAAUAAACUCAGUACUCCUGGCGAGAAUGGAGCUGUGAUUAGCAUCUUAAGAGAUGUAGAAGCAAUUACCAUCAGCGUGCUAGAAUCCGUAUUGUCCUUUAUUUCAGGGCCAGCGGUAGAAUCAAAAUCGAGCCGUUGGCCGCUGGUUUCGAAGCUAAUGCACCAGAAGAAAGUAAUGUGCGAGGAAGAAUAG